AAACGAUACCAGGUGCGUUCGUUGCUAAGGCUUAGAGCCGAGUAAAAUGCUGGGGUUAUUUGCAGAUUCCCAGUGAGUAAAGACAUUUAACUUGAUGACAGUUGCCCAGAAGAAUUAUUAAAUGAAACAGUGUUAAAAAACAGAGGGGCAAAAUGUCUGAUAAAGGGUCCAGAACCACUACCCCAAAGACCGGGAGUGCACGGAGUUCAAAAGCAGGCACCCCAAAACCGGGCUCUAAAGGAGGGACCCCUAGAAGAGGGUCUAAAGUCACCACUCCCCCUAUUCAGCCCACAGUAAACGGAACUGAUGGGGACGCAGAAAUAGGUGGAGCAACCAAUGGCGUUCCUGAAGAAACAGGGGAGGUAAUGCCUGUCAUAGACACUAUUGAGGAAGCAGAAUCACCAGAAGCACAGUCUCAAGGGCCAACUGUGGUAUCACUCCUGAAGAUGAGGUUAACAGUUGCUGGGCUGAAGCCGGAGAUGUUUACAGCGGUCCAUGAACAGAAAAUUGACAGCUUCUUGGAGGAUGAAUCACAGCGUCUCCUUGUGGUGUAUCACGACAGUUACAGUGGACUUCACGUGGACGCGACUAUCCCUGCCUCUUACGUGGAUCAGCUGAUGUACUUUAUUAAGGCUGAAAAUGUGACAGAAAUCACUGUCGAGAACUUUAACGAGGUUUUGCAAUAUGGAACGGUCAAAGGCAAACACAUUGAGAGUUUGCUGAGGACUAUGAUGGGAAUUUAUGCUCCGAUUUUCUUUGAGAAUACUUCUUGGCCAGAUAGUAUUAAGAAUGAUUUCUCGGCAUCCCUGCACAAGUUCCUGGCAAGUCUGACAGACACUCGCUGGAAGAUGGAAGGGAAAACCGUGUUGUACAUCCCAACAGAGGGCAUGAAGGCCCCAUCUGAGGACUCGGCCAAGAACAAAGACCUGGUCCAGAGAUUAGAGACUGCAAUGAUUCAUUGGGCCAGGCAGAUCAAAGAAGUGCUGAGUUCCCAGGAUGCGUUUGAAAUGGCCGAGACAUCUGGUCCUUUAGAAGAGAUUGAGUUCUGGAGAAACAGAUGCGCUGAUUUGUCAGGAAUCAGUCAGCAGCUGGACAAACCAGGUGUGAAGAAAAUCACAGAAGUGCUGACAUUGGCCAAGUCUUCCUACGUCAAACCAUUCCUGAAACUGGCUGGUCAAAUAAAGGAAGGAUCCCGUCAGGCAGAGAGCAAUCUCAAGUUCCUGAUGGUAUUGAAGGAUCCGUGUCAUGAGCUGGCCGAUGCCAGACCCAAAGCUAUCCCAGCCAUGUUACAGAGGAUACUAAACCUUAUCCGCAUGAUUUGGGUGAACUCUGAGUUUUACAAGACACGAGAGAGGCUCACCGGCAUCCUAAAGAAGAUGAGCAAUGAAAUCAUUCGUCGGUGUUGUGAGGAGAUCAACCUGGAGAAGAUAUUCGACGGCUACGCUCAGACGGGCAUGAAGAGUCUACAGGACUGUAUAAUGUGCUGUGAACAGUGGAAGGAGAUAUACAUAAAGACCUCCAAACUGCACCACAAGUACUCUCCAGUGGGCUGGGUACUGGACAAGAGCAGUAUCUUUGCUCAGGUGGAUGCCUUCGUUCAGCGAUGUAAAGAUUUACUUGAGGUGUGUGAAGCUCAGAUACACUUUGCACGGAGAGAGGAUGGUAACAGGACAGAGAUGCCUCACUUCCCUGGUCAGAAGGGGCCAGAGAUCGCCAGAGGCCUGCUGGAAAUAGAGGCCACAUUUGAGAAGAACCUGAACCAGCUUCGCCAGGUCAAGUCGACCAUUCUGGACGUGAAGGCGACAUCAUGGCACGACGAUUAUAACAGAUUCCGAGCGGGUAUCAAAGACCUGGAAGUAAUGGUGCAGAAUGUGAUAACCUCAGCCUUUGAGACAGUCACGACUGUUGAACAAGGCGUAGAGCUACUGGAUGUCUACAUGCAUCUGUCAUCAAGGGAGGCUAUAAAGCGGACCAUCGACAAGAAGACAGUGGAUGUGUACAACCUGUUUAAUGAUGAGCUGAACUCAGUGAAGAAGGAGUUCACUCAGAAGGCGUUCAUCCAGAGCUCUGAGCACCCGCACUUCUCUGGGUCUGCUGCUUGGGCGAGGAUGUUGAAGAAGAGAGUAGAGAGAAGCAUGAUGAUCCUGGAUAGAGCUCACUUCCUUCCACAGAUAGGGUCAGGAGAUGAAACACGGUCACAGUACCAGCAGCUGUGUAUAGCCCUGGAUGAGUACACCAGGAAAACAUUCACAGAGUGGUCACAGAGUAUUGACAAGGAGCCCUCAAAACUGCUGGAGGUACCUCUGAUGUGCAAGAGUGCAGAAAGACCACCCAUGAUUGACAUCAACUUUGACAAGAGCUUACUGAAGAUGUUCCAGGAGAUCCACUACUGGGAACGGCUCAUGUUUGAGAUCCCUCACUACGCCAAUGAUGUCUACAACAAGCGUGAGGAUCUGAGGGGACUGCGAGAACACGUGCUGCUGGUUGUCAGGGACUACAAUAGAAUCAUAGCUGCUCUGUCUCUGGAGGAAAGAUGUCUGUUCAGGGAGAGAAUUCGGUCGCUGGACAAGAAGAUCCACCCAGGCCUGACAAAGCUCACCUGGGCAUCCAAGGGCAUAUCUGAUUUCUUUGUCAAUGAGUGCAGAAAGGAUGCCAGCAAGGUUCAGACAAUAGUGGACGAUUACAAAGGUGCUAACAUGUCCAUCUCCAAGAACUGUGUGAAGAUCAGUGAGCUUCUACUGGUCAGCAUUGACUCCACAAAGGUGUACGUCAAGCUGGAGUUUGAUACACAACAGUCUAACCAUCGCAACAGUGUGCAGAGAAGCCUGAAGCAAAUCCACGAGGACAUUGUCAUGACCAUGAGGCACACGUUUGAGGUGUUCAAGAAAGAUGGUUAUGAGGUUCAGCAACACUGGCACCGUUACACAGAGAAGAUGGAUCGUAUGGUCGAGGAGGCGUUCAGGCUCAACGUGAAGUGGUCACUACAGGAGCUCUCCAGGGCCAUCAACGGGGAUGGCAAGUCUGGCCCUAACCCACUGUUUAAGGUUGACGUCAUCUUGGAGGGAGACAAGGUGGAGUUUUCCCCAACCCUCAAACAGUUAGCGACGAUCGUGAGCAGCAUCAGUGGACACUUAACUCAUGCCAUAUCAGACAUCCAGAGAUUACCAGACCUGCUUAGUGGGACGAGAUCCAAGAAAGACCCCAUCUAUGAGGUAAUCAAGAGAGAUGAGGACACACGUAAGAUCCAGGGAACCAUCAACAGCGGGAUGCAGGGUAACGCCAUCAACCUGCAGAACUAUCUGACGACCUGGGACAACUACAGGGAGAUCUGGGAGAUCAACAAGGAUGCGUUCAUCAGACGCUACGAGAAACUCAACCCUCAGGUCUCCUCCUUUGAUGCUGAUAUUGCCAGGUACACUGAGGUGAUUAACAAUGUCCAGACACAGGAGACCAUCCUAAACAUCCAGUUUGUCCUGCUGGAUUGCUCUCCCCUGAAGAACUCCAUCCUGGCCCACUGUCUGGAGUGGCAGAAGAAGUUCACCACUCUCCUCAGCGAGAUCGGCACCAAGAAACUCAACGACCUACAUAAUUUCCUCAAGUCUAACUCAGAAAGGGUGAGCAAACCACCCCAGAACCUGGAUGAGCUGGGAGACAGCCUGUCCCUCUGGGAGAAGCUUCACGGUGAACAGUCUGCCAUCGAGGCCAAGUUCCAGCCUCUCCAUGACCAGUUUGCCAUCCUAGAGAAGUAUGAAGUGGCCAUCCCAGAACAGACAACAGAUUUGCUGAACGACCUGGGAAAUGAGUGGGUGUCAUUCCAACAGUGUCUUAUAGAUGCUGAGGGCAUGCUCAAGAAACACAAGGAGAAAUUCAAGACAGGUCUACUGGCACAGUCUGAAGAGUUCAAGAAGCAAGUGUCAUCUCUGACUGAUGAAUUCAACAGUAAGGGUCCGUUCUCCAGUGGUCUGUCCACAUCAGAAGCCUUUGAGAACAUUGCCAGCAUUCGCACACAGCUCCAGGCUCUCAAGGAACAAGAGCAGACCCUGCGCAAAGGGCUCAACAUCUUCAAAAUUGAUCAGCCACCUUCUAAAGAGAUCUCGGCUCUGGAAAAGGACCUGGAGAUGAUAGAGCUGGUGUGGGAGGUGAACAAGGAGUGGGAGGAGCAGUGGGGAGGCUGGAAGGUUGGGCGCUUUGUUGAGAUCCAGACAGCUGACAUGGAGAACCAGUCAAACACACUCUACAAGAAGCUCAACAAGCUCAGCCGUGAGCUCAAAGAUAAGAACUGGGAAGUUGUGGACACCAGUAAAGGGAAGCUGGAUCAGUUCAGGAGAACUAUGCCAUUGAUACAGGAUCUGAAGAACAAGGCCAUGAGGCCCAGGCAUUGGUCACAAAUACAGACAGAAAUGGGUCGCACAUUCGACCACAACGCUGAAGACUUCACUCUGGAGAGGAUUAUUGAGUAUGGGUUUGACCAGUUCUCUGAGCAGAUAAGUGACAUCUCUGGAGCAGCCACUAAAGAGCUGGCAAUCGAACAGGGCCUGCAAUCUAUCACUAACACCUGGAAUGUCACAGAGCUUGACAUCUGUCCUUACAAAGACAAGGGACAUUUCAAGAUCAAGAGCACAGAUGAUGUGUUUUUGGCACUGGAGGACAACCAAGUGUCAUUGUCAACGAUGAAAGCAUCACGUUUUGUCAAAGCUUUUGAACAGGAAGUAGAUCAGUGGGAGAGAACUCUGUCUCACAUCCUGGAGGUCGUGGAAAUGUUACUCACAGUUCAGAGGCAGUGGAUGUACCUGGAGAACAUUUUCUUGGGUGAAGACAUCCGCAAGCAGUUACCCCGAGAGUCUGCAGAGUUUGAUGAUGUGAAUAUCAACUGGAAGGUGAUCAUGGGUCGUCUGAACAAAGACAGGAAUGCUCUCAGGGGCACCCACCAUGAAGGUUUGCUGGAGAAAUUGAAUGAUAUGAAUGUCAAACUUGAGGAGAUCCAGAAAUCGUUGGAUAUGUACCUGGAGACAAAGAGGCAGAUCUUCCCACGAUUCUAUUUCUUGUCAAACGAUGACCUUCUGGAAAUCCUUGGCCAAUCUAAGAACCCUGAGGCUGUGCAACCCCAUCUGAAAAAGUGCUUUGACAACAUCGUCUCUCUGAAAAUGACAAAGGCUGGAAUCACCCAGAAGUUUGAGGCUGUGGGUAUGUCAUCAGCUGAUGGAGAGUUUGUGGAGUUCAGUCACUCUGUCUACCUGGAGGGACCUGUUGAGGCCUGGCUGUGUGACGUGGAGAAGACGAUGAGAUGGACGCUGAAGGAGAUCCUGAAGAACUGUCGGAUAGCACUGAAGAAAAACCUGAGCAAACGAGACAAAUGGCUCAAGGAGUGGCCUGGACAGAUGUGUAUCACAGCCAGCCAGAUGCAGUGGACAGCGGACGUCACCAAGGCCCUGACCACAACCAAGGAAAGGGGAGAUAAGAAGGCACUGAAGAGCAUGAAAAAGAAGCAGGUGGCUAUGUUGAACAAGUUAUCUGAGGCAAUCCGUGGUAAUCUCACCAAGAUCCAGCGGGCAAAGAUUGUGGUGGUGACAAUAGAAGUGCAUGCUCGUGACAUCAUUGAGAAGCUGACCAAAUCUGGAUGUGCAGACAUCUCAGCAUUUGAAUGGCUGAGCCAGCUGCGUGUUUACUGGGAUAGGGAAAUUGAUGACUGUGUUGUGCGUCAGACCAACACCCAGUUCCAGUACGGCUAUGAGUACCUGGGUAACUCUGGUCGUCUGGUCAUCACCCCCCUCACUGACCGCUGCUACAUGACACUGACCACAGCCUUACAUCUGCAUCGUGGGGGCAGCCCUAAGGGCCCAGCAGGUACAGGGAAGACAGAGACGACAAAGGACUUGGGAAAAGCCUUAGGGAACUACGUGAUCGUGGUGAACUGCUCAGAGGGUCUGGAUUAUAAGUCCAUGGGGCGCAUGUUCUCUGGCCUGUCACAGACGGGAGCAUGGGGAUGUUUUGACGAGUUUAACCGUAUCAACAUUGAGGUGCUGUCUGUGGUGGCCCAGCAGAUCCUGUCCAUCCUGAGUGCUCUGGCCGCAGGAUCCAGCCGCUUCGUGUUUGAAGGGCGGGAGAUCGACCUGGCCUGGUCAUGCGGCAUCUUCAUCACCAUGAAUCCUGGCUAUGCAGGGCGGACAGAGCUUCCAGACAACCUGAAGUCAAUGUUCCGACCCAUUGCUAUGGUAGUUCCAGAUUCUAACAUGAUUGCUGAGAUUAUACUGUUUGGUGAAGGCUUUGGCAAUACCAAGGGCCUGGCCAAGAAGGUGUACACCCUGUACUCUCUGGCAGAACAGCAGCUGUCCAAGCAGGAUCACUAUGAUUUCGGCCUGAGAGCUCUGGUCUCUGUGCUGAGGUACGCAGGAAGGAAGAAGAGGGCCAAUCCCAACAUGCCUGAUGAAGAGUUGCUGCUAUUAUCCAUGAAGGACAUGAACAUUGCAAAAUUGACCUCCAUAGAUUUGCCUCUGUUCAAUGGGAUCAUGUCUGAUCUGUUUCCUGGCGUGGAGACCCCAGUUAUAGAUUAUACAAAGGUGAGUGAAGAAAGGACAUGUUCAAUGGGAUCAUGUCGGAUCUGUUUCCUGGUGUGGAGACCCCAGUUAACCCCAGUUAUAGAUUAUACAAAGGACCUGGAGGAGAGGAUGGGAUACCUGGUGGGUGAUUGUUUGAUCGCCGCAGCUUUCCUUUCCUACAUGGGACCCUUCCUGUCCAACUACAGGGAUGAAAUUGUGCAGCACAGGUGGAUGAAAGAGGUUCGUGCACUGGGUGUUCCGUGUGCACCAAAUUUCAACUUCUGUGAGUUCAUGGCUAAGCCCACUCAGGUGCGAGACUGGAACAUCCAGGGUCUGCCCAGUGACAGCUUUUCCACAGAGAACGGCGUGAUCGUCACCACUGGUAACCGCUGGCCGCUGAUGAUUGACCCUCAGGGGCAAGCCAUUAAGUGGAUCAAGAACAUGGAGUAUACCAAGGGCCUGAAGGUGAUAGAUCUGCAGCAGUCAGACUACAUGAGGACCCUGGAGAGUGCCAUACAGUUUGGUCUGCCCGUGCUCCUGCAGAAUGUACAGGAGAGACUGGACCCCUCCCUUGACCCCAUUCUUAACAAGGCCAUCAUGAAGAUAGGUGGUAUUUACCUGAUCCGACUUGGCGAUAAGGAAGUGGAGUACAACAACGACUUCAGGUUUUACAUCACAACUAAGCUUAGCAACCCUCACUACACACCGGAGAUUGCCACUAAGUCUACCAUUGUUAAUUUUGCUGUCAAGGAAGUUGGUCUGGAGGCUCAGUUGUUGGGUAUCGUGGUGAGAAAAGAACGACCAGAGCUGGAAGAACAGAAGGACAAUCUUGUCAAAAGCAUAGCUGCCGGCAAGAAAAAACUGGUUGAAUGUGAGGACGAGAUUCUUAGACUGCUGAAUGAAACCAAAGGUUCUCUACUGGAUGAUGAACAGCUGGUAAACACGCUGGAAACCUCCAAAAUGACGUCCCAAGAGGUGUCAGAGCAGCUGCAGAUCUCUGAGCAGACAGAGGCCAAGAUUGAUGCUGCCAGAGAGGGUUACAGACCAUGUGCCCAGAGAGCCUCUAUCCUGUUCUUUGUGCUGAAUGACAUGGGCAGGAUUGACCCCAUGUACCAGUUCUCCUUGGAUUCUUACAUUGAGCUCUUCAUCAUCUCAAUUGACAAGAGCCAUCGCAGCUCCAAGCUGGAUGAGAGGAUCAACAAUCUCAACGAAUACCACACAUUUUCCGUCUACAGAUCAACAUGCCGAGGCUUGUUUGAGAGACACAAGCUGCUCUUCUCUUUCCAAAUGUGUGCCAAAAUCCUAGAGGCCGCCGGCAAACUCAACAUGGAUGAGUACAACUUCUUUUUGAGAGGAGGCGUGGUGAUAGACCGUGAGAACCAGAUGGACAAUCCCUGUUCUAAUUGGCUGUCUGAUGUGGCCUGGGACAACGUGACCGAGUUAGACAAGCAGGCUAACUUCCACGGGAUUAUCACCUCGUUUGAGCAGUACCCCCGGGACUGGAACUGCUGGUACACCUCUGCGGAGCCAGAGGUCACCACAUUGCCAGGUGAAUGGGACAACGCCUGCAACGAGCUGCAGAGGAUGCUGAUCGUGCGCUCUCUGCGUCCCGACCGCGUCUCCUUCUGUGUCACCUCAUUUAUCGUGAACAACCUGGGGUCAAAGUUUGUCGAGCCGCCAGUGUUGGACAUGCAGCAAGUGGUGGAAGACUCGACGACCAGGACACCUUUGAUCUUUGUCCUCUCACCUGGUGUGGACCCAACAAGUGCCCUUCUUCAGCUGGCAGAUAACAGUGGUAUGGCCAGUCGAUUUCAUGCUCUGUCUCUGGGUCAAGGACAGGCACCCAUCGCCACACGCAUGAUAAAGGAGGGCGUGAGAGAGGGUAAUUGGGUGUUCCUUGCCAACUGUCACUUGUCCCUCAGCUGGAUGCCCCAGCUAGACAAACUUGUGGAGCAGCUACAGAUUGAGGAGCCUCACCCAGAGUUCCGCCUCUGGCUUAGCUCCAGUCCUCAUCCAGAGUUCCCCAUCUCCAUCCUACAGGCUGGCAUCAAGAUGACCACAGAACCACCUAAGGGCCUGAAGGCUAACCUGAAGCGUCUGUACAACCUUGUGACAGAACAACAGUUUAGUCGUUGUCAUCGGCCGGACAAGUACAAGAAGCUGCUCUUCUGCCUCUGUUUCUUCCACUCUAUCCUGCUGGAGAGGAAGAAGUUCCUGAUGCUCGGCUGGAACAUUGCCUACGAGUUUAAUGACUCUGACUUUGAGGUGUCGGAGAACCUGCUGAGUAUUUACCUAGACGAGUAUAGUGAGACCCCGUGGGACGCCCUCAAGUACCUGAUCGCAGGUAUCAACUACGGCGGUCACGUGACGGACGACUGGGAUAGGAGGCUCCUCAUGACCUACAUCAACAACUUGUUUGGAGAACAGUCCAUCUCACAGCCUUUCUUCAAACUGUCCAUACUGCCCACCUACUAUGUGCCCAAAGAUGGCCCGCUGUCCUCGUACAGGGAGUACGUCAGUAUGUUACCUAACAUUGACAGCCCUGAGGCGUUUGGUCAGCACCCUAACGCAGACAUCACCUCCCAGAUCCAGGAGACAAGGCUUCUGUUUGAGACCCUGCUCUCCCUACAGCCCCAGGUGACCAACACCCAGGGGGAGAGCCGUGAGGAUAAGGUUCUUGACCUGUCCUCUACCAUCUUUAAACAGCUGCCUGAGAACAUAGACUAUGAGGGAACAGCCAAGAUCCUGGCUGUGGACCCAUCCCCUCUCAACGUGGUGCUUCUACAGGAGAUCCAGCGGUAUAACGCUCUGCUGAACGAGAUUCGCAUAUCCCUGAGUGACCUGGAGAAGGGUAUCCAGGGGCUGGUUGUCAUGACACUGCAGUUAGAGAGUAUCUUCCAGUGUAUGUUUGAUGGACGGGUGCCUCCAGAAUGGCUCAAGGCGUACCCCUCCCUGAAGCCGCUGGCUGCCUGGACGAGGGAUCUGGUGCUGCGUGUAGACCAGCUGGCUAAGUGGGCACUGACCGCUCACCCACCCACCAUCUUCUGGAUGUCUGGCUUCACCUUCCCCACGGGCUUCCUCACCGCUGUGCUGCAGACCUCUGCCAGGAUGAACAGUGUGUCUGUGGACACUCUAUCCUGGGAGUUUACCGUAAUGACGGUGGAUGACUCCAACAUUACAGGGCCACCCAAGGACGGUGUACUGAUCAAAGGCCUGUUUCUACAAGGAGCGGGCUGGGAUGUGAAGAACCAGUGCCUGGUGGAGGCUAACCCCAUGCAGCUCGUCUGUAAGAUGCCCUCUAUACACAUGAAGCCGGUGGAGAACAAGAAGAAAAUCAGCAAAGGUGUGUAUACCUGUCCGUGUUACUACUACCCUAACCGAGCAGGAACGGCCGGUCGUGCCUCCUUCGUCGUGGCCAUAGACUUGAAGAGCGGAGAAAAGACAGCAGACCACUGGGUGAAGAGAGGGACAGCUCUACUCAUGAGCUUGGAUUAUUAGCUCCAUUCAUCUCACAGUUGUGAUCAUAUACGGUUUUCUUUAUUAUUGCUAACAGUUUUGAAGACAUCAUUUGCUGAUUAGAAGACACGGAUUGUCGGAAAUUCUGAAGAGAAGUAAAGACGUGCAUAUGCUGGCCCCUUGUUGGAUUAGUGUGAGGCAACCUUACACAGGGUGACAAGUUGUGCAGAUGUCCAAAUAAAGGAAUACAGAUAGAUGCCAUUUUUUGUAAUUCUCCUACACAUCUUCUUGAUCAGCUUAGUCAUGUUUUCUUCCUUAAUAUUUCUGAUUUUGUUUCAUCUCACUUCAUACAAUCCAGUCAUUUAGAAUGCGUGCCUUCAUGCAAAUGAAGACAUGUUUUGUUUUUUUUUUAUUUAGUAAGGCUAACCCUAGCUAUAAAUACAUGUAUUAUGCGUAUUUACAGAAAUGUGACAGGAAGCUUGCGAGUGUGUGAACAUUUAGUUUAAGGACAUAUUUCAGUUUUGGAGGUUUUCUCUCUCAGAAACUAAAAACAUGAAUAGGCAUUAAUACUCAUUUUGGAUAUUUUUGUUAGUAUCAUUGUGUAAGCUUGUUUCAUAACGACCUAUUCCUCUGCAUGUAAUAAACUGAAGUGAUGUUUCGUUGUUUAGUAUGAAAGCAUUCAAGCGUGUCUCUUUUAGAACAUUUUUGCUUUCACAUCACCUUAGUUGAAGUUUGGGUGGUAUGAAACCCCUUGUUGUCAUUGUCACAAUCGCUCGCAUGAUUUCUGUCACUCUGCCUCUUCCAUCGUCAUGAAAUUGACUUAUUACGACAAUAUUUCACAACACUACUCAUCUCAUACGUUUUGUUGCUAAAUGUUUUUUUUUUCCUGUAUUUUUAAAGCAUUCAGUUGAUAACACUUACAUUUUCACAUCGCCCUUCCUUUUCUGUGUAACCAUGUCACCAUGGUUUAAAUAAGUUCAAAAUGACAAUCUCAUGAAUACACCAUUAUGAUUGUAAUAACGGCUUGACAUUUUCAACAGGGCCUUAACGCCAAAUCACAGUAUUACUCUCAGAAGAGUAUAAACUCUCAAAAAAAAAUAUUCACUUGUAUUUAGCAUUUUUUUCUUAUGAUAGCCAUAUUGGUUUGUUAUCUAUUUUCCUGAUGGGAAUUUGGCAUGCUUUUGUUAUAAUCUCCAGUUUGUUUGUCCUUGAUUAUUGACAGUUAUUAAUAAUUGUUGUUGAACAUGAUAUUUGUAAUAUAGUAAGUUUUAAUUUGUUCUUCAAGGUGUAACUGUUUGUGAUAGUGCUGUUAACUCUCUUUGCUUUGUCUGUAUAGCAGUGUUAUUUCAGUUGACUAUUUUACCACAGUUUUGGUUGAGAUAUGCUUUUCGUGAUCGGCAAAAUCUGGGUGACCCUGAAGUGACAUUUUCCCGUCUGACUUGAUGAGUUGGAGUCAGAUACCCUCCAGUUUUAUUAUUGUAGCCGGAGGUCACAUAACUAUUGUUGUGUUAGAAACUUGAACAUCUAGUCUCAAAAAGCGUUAGUUAAAUGCCAUCUUGAAAUGUAUAUUCUAUGCAAGAUCCGUUUCGAGCACAUUCCGUCCAUCCAAAGAUAUAUAUAUAUAUAUAUAUGGCAAGCACAAGCAGAUUUGUUUACCUGCAACCACUGUAAGUAUUGUCAUGAUUUAAUAUUUAUUGAAACUAUUCUUUGGUAUAUUUGAUGUAAUUCCAACAGUUUCGUUUGAAUUUUACAAACAUGCUAUGUGUGAAAUUACGUAUGAUGAAAACAAAAAAUUUAUGUUUUCGCCUGUUUUGAAAAGUGACUUUUUCCGUCCAUUUAACAAAAUAAUUGACAUGAAAUAUAUGUGCAUGUACUUUGGCCUUGUUGACUCUACAUGGAUUGUUUAAGGGAAGAUCUCAGAAGUUACGUGGACACGAUCUUUUGGAAACGGGAACAAGUUUGAGCGAGUGAUAAAAAUUUCGUUUCUUCUCACUGCGGUCAAACAACUUUGUGGUUGCUGUUUUGAUAUUCCAGUCUGACCAUGUAUCAAACAAAAGAACCUUUUGUUUUCGCCCUUUGCUGACGUCCAUUCCAAGCAACCAGUGCAAUGCAAAACUGACCAAAA